AUGGCCGACUCAGUUGAUCGCGUUUUCGUCCAUGCGCUCAACACCGUCAAGAAGAUCCCUAAGACGGGCGCCGCCCGCCCACCACCCAGCGACCGUAUGCGCCUCUAUGGCCUCUACAAACAAGCCAUGGAGGGGGACAUCGACGGCGUUAUGGAGCGGCCCAACGCCUACUCCGGACUCGCCGUCGACGAGCUGCGCCGCGAACAGGACAAGUGGGAUGCAUGGAAUGCCCAACGAGGACUCGGCCGGACCGAGGCCAAGCGCCGCUACAUUGAGAGCCUGAUCGAGACCAUGCACACUUAUGCCACAACACCUACCGCCAACGAGCUUGUUGCCGAACUCGAAUUUGUCUGGAACCAGAUCAAGGACAACCACAGCCCCAGUUCUUCUGGCUCUUUCCGGAAAGACACAUUAUACGGCAUGCCCCAGUCCCCACGACAGGACGAGUACUACGACACGCGAGACUACGUAGAUCGAGACCAGCGCGACCGCGAUCGCAAAUUUGACCGUGACCAUACCCGCGAUCAUGACCACGACCACGACCACGAGAACGAGCGGCAGCACCGGCGACCAAGCCUAGCAGCAACGGCGUCGGACGGCGGGCCCAUGAAAAUUUUGAGUCCUAUGAGCGAGGAAGACGAGGCCGAACGGGAGAACCGCAUACGCAUGAUCGAAGAAGAACUCGAGGCAGCAGCCUCCGCCGACGAUGGUGACGAAGAGGAAGAGGAUGAAGACGGUGGAAAUGCCGCAGCAAAAAGACGGCGGCGCGGUAUCACCACAGUUCACAACGGAAGCCAAUACGGUGCCGGUCCAGGAGGCAGCCGAGGGGGCAGUCAGAGGUCCGGUGCCGCGGCAGCGGCAGCCACUGCUGCUGGAGCAGACUCUGGUGAUGUGGCUAAACGUGGGAGCCAACGGUGGUCCAAAAUGAUGGAGCGCGCCAUGGUCAAGCUCUCGGCCGAGAUUGCAGCAUUGCGUGAACAAAUCACAUCAGGGCGGGAGUUCCGGUCUCGCCGCGAGAAGAGCCCCGUUGCCUGGUUUGGCUGGUUGGCCUGGGCGCUGUUCAAACAUGUCACCUUGGACCUCUUUGUCCUAGCUCUUGUACUGCUUUGGAUGCGUCGGCGGAAAGACCGGCGGUUGGAAGACCACGUCCGCGGUGCGUUGCGGGUGCUGCGCGAGUACAUCCGGAAGAUCUUACCAUCAAGGUGA